AUGGACAGGCUUUACGAAUGGCGCAAAGAAUCCCUUGGCGACCGAGUUUCGAAUGACUUUCUCUUUGGUGCAGCGGCGGGCUGUCUGGCCACAAUUGUGCUGGCGCUCCUGAUGCGCCUCGUGCCGAUAUUGCGCCGCAAUGACAUUUACGACCUGGCUCAUUGGAAACUGAAUAUCCGUGUGCCCAUGCAGCCCAUGUGGAUGAACAUGGGCUACUGGCGGACACCGCGCGGCGACAAGAUCCAGCAGAUGGAUCAGGCUUGCGCCGCGCUGCUGCGCGAGGUUCUCUGCUCCGCCGACUUGCUCACCGGUGACGCCGUCGCGGACAAGGAGCUCCGACGCCGGCGCAGCAUCGCCGUUCUCGACGUGGGCUUUGGCUGCGGCGACCAGACGGUGGAGAUUGCGCGCGCGCUCGACGCGCCCGCCUGGCAGACGUUUCGCUACGUCGGGCUCACCCUCAACGAGGCGCAGCUGCAGGUUGCGUAUCAGCGCGUCGAGCGCGAGGUUGCCAGCGCCAACCGCCACGGGGUCCGGCUCGGGCCCGAGUCCUUUCGCCUGUUUGGCGCCGACGCGGCGCGGCCCGAGUCGUGGGCGCGGCCGGUGCGCGCUCUCGUCGACGGCAUCGCCGACGAGGCCUUUCACGGGGGUCACCGCUGGCUCCUGGCGCUCGACUGCAUGUACCACUUUGCGCCGUCGCGGACGCCGCUGCUGCUGUACGCGGCGCGCGAGCUCAAGGCCGACUUGAUGGCGUUUGACCUGCUGCUCAACGAAAGGGCCUUGUUCUCGGCGCGGAUGGCGGCGAAGCUGGUGGGCCGCAUGGCUGGGUGCCCGCUGGGUGCGUUUAUGACGGAGCAUCAGUACGUUGAGCAGCUCGUGGACGCGGGGUACGAUAGAGAUGCUGUGCAGAUUCGGGACGUGACGUCGGAUGUGUUUGGCGGGCUUGUGGCGCACAUUGAGAGGCAGCAGAGAUUGCUGAAGCCGUACGGGAUAUCCAUGGGUAGUAUGGGUGUGGCAAAGAAGAUGUUUAACUGGAUUGACAACACUGGGGUUCUGCGAGCCGUUAUUGUCGUGGCUCGUGUCAAAAGUAAAAGUAAAACUGCAUGA